GAUCGGUUGGACAUCGAGGGCUCAAGCACGACCAACGUGAAGAUGAAUUUCUUUGGCGCCUUUAUUGCGCUCGCCAUCUGCGCGCUCUGUGGAUUAACCCAAGCGGAUAUAUCGCUCAAGCUCCGGCAGCAGCAGCAGCAGCAGCAGCAGCAGUUCCAGGAGAGCAACUAUGGCAACUCCGGCUACCAGAUCUUCGAGGUGCACAACCACUUUGCGGGCAAGGGUCCGGCCUAUCUGCCGCCCCAGGAGCAGGUCCAUCAGCAGCAGCAGCAGGUUCCGGUUCAGGUUCAGGUUCAGGCCCAGGCUUUAGCUCCAUCGCUGGCCCAUGGCCAUGAUGACAGCUUGGCUGUGUCCUUCUUGAACUUUGCCGAUGCCCCUGCCCCUACUCCCGCUGCAUCUGCUUCUCCAGUGGCCGUCCCCUUCCCCUCCAACUACCAGCAUGACUUCCAGCGCCAGGAGGCAGCUCCAGUUGCAGCGCCAGUUGCUGCUCCAGUUCCAGCUUCUAUUCCUGCUCCAGCUGCUUUUAGUGGCCAAAGCUACUUGCCGCCCACGGUGCAGUCUCAGCCCCAAGUGGUUCCCCAGCAGCAGCAGCAGCAACAAUACCUGGCUCCCACCGUUGCCCAGGAGGUUUCCCAGCCUGUUUCCAAUUACCAGGCACCGGAUUACCUUCCGCCAACAGCCACGCCUAUAAGCUACCAGCAGCAGCCUCAGCAGCAGCCACAGCAGCAGCCUCUUCAGCAGCCUCAGCAGGUAUUCCAGGGACCCACUUACCUGCCUCCAGUGAGUAGCACGGCCAGCAGCAGCAGCAGUGGCAUCAGCAGCGUGGGAAUCAGCAGCACUACUUCCGUCCAGGCUCAGAGCACGGCCGAGUAUCAAGCUCCUGGCUAUCUACCACCCCAGCAGCAAGUCCAGCAAGUUCAGCAAGUGCAGCAAGUGCAGCAGGUGCAACAUCAGCAGCAACAUCAGCAAAUUUCCGUGCAGGAGCAGGCUCAGGAGUACCAGGCUCCUGGAUAUCUGCCACCUGGCUAUGACUACUCCAAUCCCGACCAGCUGCCAUUGUCGCUGACCCAAACCGUGGCCCCCCAGCAGAGUGUUUCCUCCGUGCAGAGUGUCGCCUCCGUUCAGAGUGUCUCCACCGUGCAACAGGCUUCCGGGGAGUAUCGUGCCCCUGGCUACCUGCCACCUGGCUACGAUGAGCCACGUCCUCAGGUCCAGACUCAGAUUCAGGCACAGCCACAGAUCUCCUACCAGCAGCCACAGGUUCAGGUGCAGCACCAGCAGGUGCAGCAGCAGCAGGUAACCGUCGCUGCUCCCACACAGGCUACAGUGAGUCAUCCCGGCGCCUUGCCCGAUGGCUAUGACUUCAUCAAGCCUGAUAAUGCAGAGGCAGCUAUUGCCGAGCUGCACAGCCUCCAGACGCAGACCAAGUUGCUCAAGCAACAGCAGGAGCAACAGUUGCUGCUCCAACAGCAGCAGCAACAGCAGCAGCAGCAACAACAGCAGCAGCAGCAGCAGCAGCAACAGGAGCAUCACCAUCACCAUCAUAACCAGCAGCAGCAGCAGGUCAUUGUCCAGUCCCAGUUGCAGGUGUCGCAGCAGCAGCAGGGCGCUGACAUCGUCUAUGGUCGCCCCAAGGCCCAGGCACAGCCAGUGGCACCUCAGCACUUUACGGCUCCGGGUUACCUGCCCCCAUCCACUGCUCCGGCAUUGGCUCCGGUUCCUGUUUCUGCACCUGCACCUGUGCCAGUUUCUAUUCCAGCUCCAGCUCCCUUGCCAGCUCCAGCUUCGGCUCCAGUCUCUGUUUCCGUUUCCAGCUCUUACCAGCAUCACCAUCAUCAGCAGCAGCAACAACAAUAUAGAGCUUCCGGUUACCUGCCCCCAGCUCCUGCUCCUGCACCCAUCCAUGUGGCAGCCCCUGCUCCUGCACCCGUCCAUGUGACAGCCCCUGCUCCUGCACCCAUCCAUGUGGCAACUCCUGCUCCGUCUCCUGUCCAUGUGGCAGCUCCUGCUCCUGCACCCGUCCAUGUGCCAGCUCCUGCGCCUGUUCGCAUUGCAGCUCCUGCGCCCGCUCCUAUUGCCCUGCCUGCCCCUGCGCCCACCCAAGUGACCCACAUCCACUCCCUGAGAAGCUACAUGAACACCGUGCAGCCCUUCGCUCGCUAUGCACAGCCUGUGAGUGUUCGCCAGCAGCAGCACCAGCACCAUGUCCAUCACCAGGUGCAGCAGCAGCAUCAGCAUCAGCACCAUCAACAGGUGAUCGAGGUGGCGCCCAUGUACCGUGAGCAGUCCAAGCGUCCCCGCUUUUAUGCUCCCGCCUUCGUGAGCAGCGCUGUGCCCCGCCAGGCAGCCCCGCAGCCCCAGCAGCACCUGCACCAUCACUACCACCGCGUGGUGCAGAGCCAGAAGCUGCAGCCCAUUCCCGUCUCCAUCCCAGCGCCAGCGCCCACGCUGAGCUUCAAGGCACAGCAGUCGCUGCAAAAGUUCAUGCCCAAGGAUGUCCAGGUUGCGGUUAAUGUGGCCAUGGCGGCCACUGCCCCGGUGGCGGCUCCUCCCUCGCUGCGCGGCAGCUCCCGGGUGCGAACCGUUCAGAUUGUGAAGCCCCAUGCGACGCGCACCUUCAAGGUGCUGGAGACCCUCGACCAGGCGGGCGUCAAGACCAUUAAGAUUUUGGGAGCCAGCAAUGAGCAGCCUCAGGGCCGGCAUCAUGUGGUCAAGGUGGUCACCCAGAAUGCGCACAGCGGUGCCGAGAGUCAUGUCCAGACGGUGAAGAUCUUCGAUGACCAGGCGCCGCUCAGGCUUCAGGCGCAGCCCCAGAUUGGUGGUGGCGCCGCCUACCUGCCGCCGGCGCGUCCCAGGACCAGGAUCGUCCGCCAGGCCAGCAAGCCGCUGCGUCUGUAUCCCGUGGCCAGCCUGUGAGGAGGGAGAUCAAGGGAUCCGCUCCCAGCACUGAUUAGUUGUUAAUUUCAUCAUCGAGAGGCACCUCGUGUCGUUUUGUUAGUUUUUUUUUUUGUUAUUUUUUGUUAUUUUCUCGCUGCCUCAUUUCGCAUGCAUUCCAAUCGCCGAAAUCCAUACAUCCGAAUCCGCAUCUGGGUCUCCAAGAUGAGUCCGAAUCGCAAUCGAAAUCAAAUCAUUUGCAUGCAAUAGCAACUGGCGAC